AUGGACCAAAGAGAAAUUCUGCAAAAGUUCCUGGAAGAGGCCCAGAACAAGAAAAUCCACAAAGAGGAGUUUGCCAGUGAAUUUCUGAAGCUGAAAAGGCAAUCCACCAAGUACAAGACAGACAGAAUCUUUCCCACCACAGUGGCUGAGAAGCCCAGGAAUAUCAAGAAAAACCGAUAUAAGGAUAUCUUGCCCUAUGAUCAUAGCCUGGUAGAGCUGUCACUGAUAACCUCUGAUGAAGAUUCCAGCUACAUCAAUGCCAACUUCAUUAAGGGAGUUUAUGGAUCUAGGGCAUAUAUUGCCACCCAGGGCCCUUUGCCUACAACUCUCCUAGACUUCUGGAGGAUGAUUUGGGAAUAUAGUGUCCUGAUCAUUGUAAUGGCAUGCAUGGAAUUUGAAAUGGGGAAGAAAAAGUGUGAGCGCUAUUGGACCGAACCAGGAGAGAUGCAACUCCAACUGGGUCCUUUUUCCAUAUCCUGUGAGGCAGAAAAAAGAAAAUCUGAUUACAUAAUCAGGAUUCUAAAAGCCAAGUUCAAUAGUGAAACUCGAACCAUCUACCAGUUUCAUUACAAGAAUUGGCCUGACCAUGAUGUACCUUCAUCAAUAGAUCCCAUUCUUGAGCUCAUUUGGGAUGUUCGCUGCUACCAAGAGGACGAUGGGGUUCCCCUUUGCAUUCAUUGCAGCGCCGGCUGCGGAAGGACAGGUGUUAUUUGUGCUAUUGAUUAUACAUGGAUGUUGCUAAAAGAUGGGAUAAUUCCUGAGAAUUUCAGUGUUUUUAACUUGAUCCAGGAGAUGCGAACUCAGAGACCUACAUUAGUUCAAACUCAGGAACAGUAUGAACUGGUCUACAAAGCUGUAUUAGAGCUAUUUAAGAGACAGUUAGAAAUUAUCAGUGAUAAACAUUCUGGAAUGGAGUUUCCUGCAAAGUAUUCAGUCCCUCAGCAAAACCCUACUGUAGAACAAGAAUAUUACUCUUCAAAUUUACCAAACAUCAGCAUAAAAGAAACAAAAAUGAAUCCACAGCCAAAACAAAGGAUAAUGGAGACAAAAGCCGAAGCUUCUUCCACUGAUCUCAAGACUUCUGAAUUAAGUGAAAAUGAAGGGUUACCUCUGUACUGUAUGAAAGAGAGCAAUUCUUUGGAGUUUUGGGAGCUUAAUAGUGGUUGUACCGAAAAUACUGGCACCACCAUAAAACAGGAGCCAAGGGCGUUUCCAGUGACUGGAGAGCUGCUUCGGAAGCAUCAGAGUUUGGACUUGAGCUCCAUGUUGCUUGACGUAUAUCCUAAUUCUAAAUCUGCAAAGGCCACAGCAGAAUGCUUUCCUUCAAAGGGGUUGAUAACGAGGACCAAAUCAACUCCCUUUGAAUUUAUUCAUCAGAGAGACACAAAAGACUUGGACAGAAAGGAAAAUUUUUCUUGCUUGAACUCUCAACCACAUUCUUGUUUCAAACAGGAUCAAAAAGUGAUGCAUCUCUCUUCAGCAGAACUGAAUUAUGCACUGUCACAUGACUCUAAGCACCAACUAUGUAAUGUCUCUGCAGAAGAAUGGGAUGAGUCCCAUGCUUUCAACGAGUAUUUCUACAUGUCUUUAGUGGAAGAUCCUUAUUUCUCAUCAGUGUCCCCAAGUAGUACUGGCUCUAAGAUGUCACUGGAUUUACCUGAGAAGCAAAAUGAGACUGUCUUACCUUGUUCUCCGUUGUCAGCAUCUGCUACAACUCUCUUUUCUCAUCGCAACAGUUCACAGGAUUCUUUGGCACUAACACAUUCAAAUAAUAUCCCCCUACCACUGAACCAAGAGAUAGCAGUUGUAGUAACUUCUCCACGAACAGAUGAAGAAAUACCCCCGCCCCUUCCUGCACGGACACCUGAGUCUUUCAUCGUGGUAGAGGAGGCCAGGGAAAUCUUACCAAGUAUUCCCAAAUCCUUACCUUCAACCCCGAAGAGCGUAAAACUUCGAAGUCCCAAAUCAGAUAUCGAGGAAGAUCGUUCUUCUCCCUCACCACCUCCACUCCCAGAAAGAACUCGCGAAUCUUUCCUUCUGGCUGAUGAAGACGAAAUGCAGGCUCAAUCUAUAGAGAUUCAUUCUACCAGCUGUCCUAACCACACAGAAAAUUCAACAUCUUCCAAACAGACAUUGAAGACACCUGGAAAAAAUUUCACAAGGAGUAGGAGCUUGAAAAUUUUGCGAAAUAUGAAAAAGACUCUCUGUAAUUCUUCCCCACAGAACAAGCCUGCAGACUCUGUUCAGUCAAAUAACUCCAUCUCUUUUCUGAAUUUUGGUUUUGCAAAUCGUUUUUCAAAACCCAAAGGACCAAGAAACCCACCCCCAAGUUGGAAUAUUUAA